GUAGCAAGAUUAAAGUCCGCUCUUCCUAAUGUCGUCACCUUCAUCUAUAAAGCAGUAAAUCCUCCAUAAAACCACAAGAGAAGAACUCAGAGAUGAAUCAGGCAAUCAAAUCAAUAAGAACUUAUCAAACAAUACCUGCUGGUUUCUUAUAUCCUUCAAAUCAAUUAGGUCAAAAAACUUCAGUGCUCAGAUUCAAGCAGGUCACAACUGCGUCGAGUAAUCCUGAGAAUCCACACGACAUGGAUAAGGCUCAGAGCCCAAAUGAGAAAUCCAAAGAAGCAAUAGAACAUGGGGAUGUAAUGUCCCAUUCAUUUGGACAAGCGUAUGCCACGAGAUCUGAUGAAGAAGGAUUUGGUGGAAUUUAUGGAGGAAAUCAAUCAUGUGAUAACGAUGAUGAUAAUAAUGGCAAGAAAAUCCAUGAGAAUCACCCCGAUUAUGACAGGAGCCAGGGAAGUGAAGUGAAGGAGAAGGAAAAAGGACGAAACUCGACCAAAUGCUAAGUCCUAAUGCAUAGUUUAAAAAUCAAAUUUAUGCAUUAAGGAGUUGUUAUUACCUUUUUUUUUUUUUUGUGUGUGUGCCUAAUAAAUCUAUGUCAAGAAUCAUGACUUCAACGCCAGCAAAUGAUGCUUUUGUUCUUUGUUUGAAGGUUGGGUAUGAUUUUUCAUACAUUGUUGAUAUUCUAUGGAAGGGUUUUAUUUUGAAAUCUUUGCUUUAUGGCUUGAUUGAGGAAUGUAUACAUUUGCAUCUAAUAGGUUGUACUU